AGUCGGCUCUUUCUGCCAGUAAUACAAAGAAAAGUCUCUCCCUUUCCUUCACUUCUCCAAAUUCUCCAAAUUCAGCCUAUCUAUACUUUCCUCUUUCCAAGUCCCUCCCCCGUUUUUACGUUACUUUCGGGAUUGUGCGCUCCUCCUCUUCCUAAUAUCAAGAUAAUAACCCGUGCAGAGUGGAUUUGAACUUCCAGCCACACCAGUGAAGUGGGUGAGUACACUGGUCUGAAAGAUAAGCACGCUCACACUCCGCGGAUCAUUUGGAAUCUCCGGCAGUUUCGUUUGGAAAAGUUUUAAGUGAUCAACCUGAAACGAGCCAGCUGGACUUUGGACGCUCUUCCAAGAUACUGUUGAGAUGAUUAAACACAUCCUUACACUCCUGCUCUGUCUUGUGUGUCUGUGUUCACCCCGUCCUCAGCCAGCACCUCCAGAGAUGGCAGUGAAGAUGGAGGAGAAAUUGGCUGUAGCUGGCUCUCUAGCAGACACAGUGGUGCUACCAUGUUACUUCUCCAUAACACAAGCUUAUCCCAGCAGCUCCACACAAACUUUGACGCACACCCCUACACCUGCGCAAACUCACAGCCAGAGCUCUGAUGACUAUGGCAGGAUCAAGUGGACAAAGCUAGAUGGGCAGGAGGAGAAAGUGGUGCUGGUGGCCCAGGGAAUGGGAGUAAAGGUGGGGCAUGGCUUUGAGAGCAGGGUGUCAGUGCCCAGCUACCCGCAGUGGUUGGGAGAUGCUUCUCUGGUGAUAGGGAAGCUCAGGGCCAGCGAUGCUGGGUUAUACCGCUGCGAGGUGAUGCAUGGGCUGGAGUCCACUCAGGUCACAGUCAUCCUCACUGUCAGCGGUGUGGUGUUCCACUACAGAGCUAACAGCAGCCGCUACAGUCUGAACUAUUCUGAGGCUAUGGAAGCGUGCCACUCUGUAGACGCAUCCAUCGCUACACCUGAGCAGCUGACAGCUGCUUUUGAAGAUGGCCUCGACCAGUGUGAUGCGGGCUGGCUUGCAGACCAGUCAGUUAGAUAUCCAGUCACAGUGUCCCGUCCAGGCUGUGAAGGUAAUCUAAAGAAUCGUCCAGGUGUGAGAACCUACGGCAUCCGUGACCCCAUGGAGAAAUAUGAUGUGUACUGUUACGUAGACAAACUACACGGCGAGGUAUUCUAUCCUACUUCCAUCAGCAGUAAGUUCACCUGGCAGCAAGCAAGGGAAGAGUGCGAGAAGCACGAUGCCGUGCUGGCAUCGCCCGGUCAUCUGUUUGCAGCCUGGAGGGCGGGGCUAAACCGCUGCGACUUUGGCUGGCUGUCUGACGGCAGUGUCCGUUACCCCAUCACCAUCCCCAGGCCUCAGUGUGGAGGAGGCCAGUUGGGGGUCCGCACACUUUACAAGUAUGAAAACCAGACUGGUUUCCCAGACCCCACUGACAGGCACGGGGCUUUCUGCUUCAAGGUUAAACUGGAAGAGCCAACUACUAUGAGUUCCCUGAUGACUCCAAUUGUGUACAAACCUGACAUCCCUACAUAUAGUCCCCAUGCUACAAUAGCCUCACAUGUUGAAAGAGCUGAAAUCCAAGGAAAAGGACCAGAACCUGUUGGACAUUCACCCACAGACAGCCCACCCAUAGAACUCACUUCUACACACACCACAGCCUCAACAACUCUUACUACCAACUCACAAGAGCUUGUAUCAGGAGAUAUCUUGCAGCUGCCUCCAUUACCCACCGUCCUCAUGCAGCCUCCACGUCUGGACAUCUCCCAAUUAGAUCAGGCAGGAUCUGGCAGGGGUGAGACCAGUGGCAGAGGGGAAGAAGGCAGCAGCCAGGGCAACUGUGGUGGGUCUGAGGUAGGAGCAACGGCAACCCCGGAGAUCACAUCAAGGCCAAGUAGGCUUCAGGACAUCAGUGCAUGGGUUGAAACGUCAUCAGUUGAAGACGCUGCUGCACACCCAGUUCCAUCACAGAUCCUUACACCAAAGCUAGACAUCGCAGCUGGGACCACUGAAGUGAAGGAACAACCCGCAGUUGUUUUCAAAGAGGACUACACCAUUAGAGCUCAAACGAUAUUUGACCAUGAGAAAUCUCUGGACAUUCCUGAGACGGCAUCAGCAAACCCCCCUAUCCAUCUCAUCAUUGUCUAUGUGCAAAGCACCAAUGAGUCACAAUCAGUGGAUCCUAUCCCGGACAUCCCGAACCAGCCUGUGAAUGGCUCGGUCUUUUUUCAGUUCACUAACAUUACCCAGCUGACCAGUCAAGGUAUCCAGGGCAGCGGGGAGAUCACUUCCCCUGAGAUGCCUCCGAUUGAUAUGGCACCAACAGUCAGCUUUGUCAAUGGAAAACAUGAGGUAACACCUGAACCACAGCAGCCAGAGGAGGCCAGAGGAGAUCAGUUUGAGACGGCCACUCCUGGACAUGUGAAUGAGACAGAGGUAGAGGAGGAAGAAGACAUCAGCAUGACUAGCUUUGAAACUGAAACUGGGGAGACAUUUCCAGAGGAAACCACAGACAAGAUCAUUUAUCCUCAAGCUGCAUACCCAGAUGAUGUUACAGUCUCAGGCCUGGAUGCAGACACAGUUCCUUAUGUCUUUACAGAUGCCAUGGGAAUCAACACUCAAAAACCACAUGAAACAGCAGUCACAACCACAUACACUCCCCCUGUCUCUACAGCAAUAUCAAGUCCAGUCCUGCUUGGUGUUUCCAAGGAUGUUGCUCAUGUUGCCUUAACUGAUGAGGACAUGGAAGGCUCCACAAGCAACUCCACAGAUGAUGAGGUUGGCAGUAUGCAGGAGGGCUCUGCAGAUGGUGCUAUACCCACCCUGGCUACAGGAGACCAGUUGGAUGCGAGGACUGAUGAGACAGAAAUCGGAGGAACAGAGGUUGCGACUUUUAUCCCAGACACAAAGUCACAGGAAACCACUGAGCAGGCCCAGACUGGGGACUUUGAAGGGUCUUCCUCUGGAGAAGAUGAGGCUUCAGGUCAAGAUGUAUACCCGUUAGACACACGCAGUCUUAGCACCAUGCUUAGCACUAUGAUUUCAAAUGACCUUUAUACCCAACAGCCUUCGCCUGCAGUACAUACAGAAAUCACAGAUGUGCUUGGAGUUUCAUCAGGUGAUGUUGCAGUUACAGACCCAGACUCAGGUGCAGACCAGCUGUCUGAGGAGGAGGAACUUUUCAGAGAAGUCGCUAUUACUGUUUCACCAGCCAUGGCAGCUGUGACCUUCACCAAUAUAAAGAGCACGACUGCAGAAAUGAGUAAACCUAAACCCUUUUCCCAUCCCUCCUUUGAAAAUAAGAGCCAUCCAGCUGUCACUACCGAGCCUCCGUCUGCCUCCUCUGACAUCCACACUCAGUUUUACAGAGAACAUGUUGACCAGUCAACCACGGAGAACAUAGACCAGACCACAUUCUCCACUACUUCACCCUUUUAUACUUCUGAGCAAAAAAGCUAUUCUGUCUCCCAGUGGGCUCUAAUCCCUGACCUGGCUACCACUGCUUUACCAGAGGAGAAAUUUGUAUACUAUGAUAAAGAGAUCACCCCCUUUUUUGUGGAGUCCCAACCUGAGAUACCCGAAGAGACAGUGGCCACAGUUCAACCUGAGACCAGCUCGGACACAACUUAUUCAGUCAUGACCAGCACUAUAAAUAUUACAGAUCUCCCGCCAUGCUCAACCAAUGUGUGUCAGAACGGAGGCUCGUGCUACAAGAAGGGACCACAAAAUGUCUGCAUUUGUGCACCUGGAUACACCGGGUGGCACUGUGAAACAGAUAUUGAUGAGUGCCAGUCUAACCCGUGUCUGAAUGGAGCCACUUGCCUAGAUGGGAUCAACUCCUUCACCUGUCUCUGCCUCCCGAGCUACAAAGGAGAGUUCUGUGAACAAGACAUUGAGAUGUGUGGUUUUGGUUGGAAGAAGUUUCAAUCUCACUGCUACAGGCACUUUACACACCGUCGGACCUGGGAUGCUGCAGAGAGGGAAUGUCGGCUACACGGAGCCCACCUGACCAGCAUCCUGUCGCACGAGGAGCAAAUCUUUGUCAAUAAUCUAGGAAGUGACUACCAGUGGAUUGGCCUGAAUGACAAGAUGUUUGAGAGAGACUUCAGAUGGACUGAUGGCAGACCAAUGCAAUACGAUCAUUGGAGGCCAAACCAGCCGGACAGCUUCUUCCAGUCAGGAGAGGACUGUGUGGUGAUGAUCUGGCAUGAGGGAGGACAGUGGAAUGACGUGCCCUGCAACUAUCACCUGACAUUUACCUGCAAAAAGGGAACAGUAUCAUGCGGCCAGCCUCCUGUGGUGAAGGAUGCCCGAGUUUUUGGGGCCACAAAACUGCACUAUGAGAUCAACUCCCUGCUCCGUUAUCAGUGUAGGCAGGGCUUCAUUCAGAGACACACCCCAACUAUACGCUGCCAAGCCAACGGCCAGUGGGACUCACCUAAAGUCACCUGCACAACUCCUGCAACCUACCACAAGACAUUUCUUCUUCAACGCCGCCACACCCAGAACGAGCAUCAACACAGGUACUAUCAACACCACACCAAGAGUCAGGAGGAACAAAGACAAAACCAAGGGCAACAGCAGAUCUCCAACAUCCUGCAGAGCAACUGGAUCCAGAUUCAGAAUCAUCGACAGCUGAGUAAGGGGAGGCAGCUGCAGGAUCGCACUCGCAGCCAGAAUCAGAUGAAACACUCAGUGGGUUUGUAGUUGUGGACAUCAGAUUUUUGGUGAUAACUAAUCACAGCAGGGUUUCUACAGUAUGUCUAGAGCCAUUGAUAGAGAGUGAUGUUCCACUGAACUGUCUAUCAGUGUCUCCUGAGGGGACAUGUUUUACCAUUACAUUCCAGGAUCAGGCACUAAGGACAGUUUAGCUUCAUUUCCAAACUUCAUUUAUUGACCACAUCAGUCUCCCCACAAAAUCAUGGUGGUCAGAUUACUGAUAUGCUUCCUUUUUACAGCUUCAAACAGCAGCGAGUGCCAUUGUUCAAAUACUUGGAUAUGUUGUGUCUGAUAUAGAUAUAGAUAUACACAGCCAUGUCUCCUAAGGAGGUCGCCCGAAAACCAAGUCUAUCAGUCACAACACGGGAGCACUGCAGCCUUUAGCUCCUCACUGUGUUGUACACGUAAUUGUCAAAGUGUUCAGUGCAACCUAAGCCAUCAGCUUUUUACCUGUGCUCAUAAGGUCUAGUGCCUUCUGUCAGAUUUUAACGCUGCCCAGUGGAACAUUUUUUAUUAAAAGGAAUUCAAGUCUUUAUUCUUUGUUGAACAGUAUAGUCACAUCCAAGCUGGUUCAAUGUGUCUGCCUAUCUGAACUCAUUCUUUUUCAUUGUUUGUCUAUGUAGGAUUUUGUACAAAAUAUUUUUUUCUUAAUUGAAAUUUGAUGAACUCGAAUAGGAAAUUGUGAUGAAUAUGUCGUCUGUCUGUGCUGUGGCUAUUAAUCAUAGGAUAUAUAUUAUAAAUAUUAUCUGAAGCCAUAAGAAUUUAAUUUAUUGUAUACAAAACUAUGAAUGAACUGUGAUAUUGAAUAAAGGUCAAUGGAACUGAAGUGAUAUCUUCUGCACUGUUUACAGACUCUUGUCAUGGUCUUUCUUAUUGAGAAAUCAUGUUAUCAUUGACAGUAUGUAUACACAAUGCAGUCCUGUAGUUUUAUUGAGAUUGUUGAUUCUCUUUAUUGUGCCGUGACUCAAAAUUGACUUCCUUCAUUGUCAGUGAAAACACUUCCCGUUAUUUCUACAUUAUUUUUACAUUAUUAGACACAUACCUUCAUGUUGCCUUUUCCUGUAGAUCUGGAAUCAGUUUGUUUGUUUAUUGUUUCCAAGGAAUAAGAGAAUGUAUAAGAAACAAAUAAAUAUGACCACCUGGUCUAUAAGAUUCUUUUUAA